AUGACGGCGUCCGGUUCAUACGUCGGAGCCGAUGUGAUCGAGCCCGCUUCGCCUCACGCAACGGAAACCACGACUCUGCUCCCCAAGAGCGAUAUUGGAAAACCUCGCGAUGUACCCUACCGGGAUGUCAUUUCAGGGCCUCGAUUCCAUUUUCUGUUCUGGAGCAUCAUAUUCGGCUGCACCAUUGCAUUCUUCGACACCACGCUGAUGGCUUCGUCCCACCCUGUCAUUACCUCCUAUUUCAACGCGUCAAAUGCAGCCUCUUGGCUUAGCACUGUCUUCUACUUGACUUCAACUGUGUUUCAGCCAGUUUUCGGCCGCGUUUCGGACAAUAUCGGGCGGCGACCCGUGCUGCUUUUUGUCAUUGUCAUGUUCUUCACUAGUACGGCUUGGUGUGGUGCUGCUGGUGACAUUGGCGGGUUCAUCGCAGCAAGAGCCGUCAGCGGAAUAGGCGCUGGUGGUGUGGUGUCGCUUGCCUCGAUUUUGACAAGUGAUAUGGUCAAAAUCGAAUACAGAGGCAUCUAUCAAAGCUAUUAUAAUCUGGCAUAUGGCGUGGGAAACGGACUCGGUGCCGCUUUAGGCGGCUUCCUGUGCGACAAGCUUGGCUGGCGGGCGGCGUUCUAUGUGCAGUUACCUUUUAUUGCUGUGUACGGGGUCCUGGCAGUCCUCUCGUGCCCUGACAACCUAGGACCCAAUCUUGCGAAGACUCAGGGCAAGACCAUCCGUGAAGGGUUCAAGAGCUUCGACGCCUAUGGUACGGUUGGUAUGAUUCUGACUGUGUCGGGCCUCAUUCUUGGAGUCAACUUGGGCGGCAACGUCUUUUCGUGGACGCAUCCAUUCGUUAUCAGCAGUCUGGUGGUGGCUGUCAUUGCAGGCAUUGGGCUGGUGUUGGUGGAGCGCAAGGCUGAACGGCCUAUCCUACCGCUCAGACUCUUCACGACCACGCCGGUUGCGAAUGUCAUUGGCAGCAAUUUCGUCGCUUCCAUGACUGUCAACGCUGUAUUGUUCAACGUCCCACUCUAUCUGCAAGCCGUCCGGCAAACAUCGCCGACGACCUCUGGCUUCUAUCUCUUCCCUCCUUUGGUCGGGGCCAGCAUCACUGCCAUCGCGGUGGGGUUCUACAUUACACUCACGAGACGGUUGAAGCCGCCCAUGAUUGUGGGCUCAAUAUCAGCAUUAGGUGGCGCCGUGGCUGUGACCUGUUUGUCGGCUGACACGCCGGCCAGACUCGUCCCCUGGCUGAUCCCGUUCGUCUCAAUCGGUCAAGGAGCCUUUUUCCCGGCCGCGACGAUUGCAGUCCUCGCUCUGAACAGUCAAGAAGACCAAGCCGUGGCGACCACAACACUGGGCCUCGUCCGCAGUCUCGGUUCAAUCCUAGGAGUAGCCCUGAGCAGCUGGGUCCUUCAGAACGCGCUCCCGAUCUACCUGAACAAGUACGUCACGGCCGCGGAUCCCACCAGGAAAGAACACAUCAUCCGGACCGUCCGAGAAUCGAUCCAAUCCAUCCGACGUCUUGACCCAGUCCACAAGAAACAAGUCAUCACCGCCUACGCCUCGAGCCUGAGAGCGACCUUUAUUGUGGCCAUAGUGUUCGCCACGAUCUCCGCGCUGCUGAUCUUGCCUGCCCAUUUACCAAGGCUACAGAGGCAAGAAGACAUGGACGACCCGGAAGACGGCGUCUACCUGCCGGGCGAUGAGCCCAGCAAUGGGACGACUUCCAUCGUGGAAGACAGUGAUGCGGAGGACGACGAAGAACAAGCUCUGCUGGUGACACCAUCGCGGACUAUCACGCGCACAAUCACAGGCGGCACAAAUCACAGCCGCACCAGAACGCUGAGCAGACACUCCACGUCGUUUGGAGAACCAAUCGAGAGGAGAGCAAGCUUCGACACGAGUUUCUAG